AUGCCGAACGACGUCGAUAAGUCACUUAUGGAGCGGCUGAAUGCUUUGAGAGGCAAAAGCGCAAGCUCCGAGAAACCCGUGUCAACAGAAAUCAAAGUCGAUUUAAUUGAAAGAAAGAAGUCACCAACUCGGGAUGAUACACUAGCCGCUCGUCUCAAGUCCCUACGGGAACGCAGCAAUGAGCCAGCAUCCCCAGCACCAGCACCCAAAACAGCUCAAGAAUCACCAAAGCCUCAAGCACCCCAACCAGAAAAGACACCACAAAAAGACACACCAAAGCCCAGCAUUGAAGAGGAUGAUGAAUCCAUUUUCCAAACAGACGAUCAAACCCUAGAAGAGCUCCUAGGCGACAUAGCACCAGAAGAUACUUUCAGCACAGAACCAGACGACGCAGAAGUAAAAGCCCUCCUAGAACAACUCGCAGACGCAAUCCCAAAGGAUGAAGAAGAAACGAAAGAUGACUCUGAUGAUUCAGAUGGAGAGAAGAUGGGCAAGGAUGUAGAUGAAGUCAUCGCGCGCUUUCGCGAUGAAGCAGAAGUCGAAGCCGCCCUCGCAAAAACCGAAGAAUCCGAUGACGGGGAAGAAACGAAUACAAAAGAAGGAGAUGUCACACUUCCAGAAGUUCCAUCAGAUCCUACCGACAUCCCUUCUUCUGCGCGUGCAGGAAGUGCGGAUAUAGAUGAUAUAACCGCCCGUCUCGCCGCUCUACGCGCUCCUUCACCGGAUCUAUCUCUCCCCUCCGUCCCAACAUCCAAACCCUCCGGUAAACCAGUCAACAGAUUAACUACAAAGACGAAUUACACCGACGACGACGUGGAAAAUUGGUGCACUGUUUGUCUCGAAGAUGCUACGCUACGAUGUCCCGGCUGCGACGAUGACGUUUAUUGUACGCGGUGCUGGUACGAGAUGCAUCGUGGACCACAAGCUGGUUUUGAUGAAAGGAGUCACAAGGCGGUACAAUUCACGAAGAACAAGAAGGAGAAGGAGAAGAAGAAAAAGGUUGCGUUGGGAGCGUAA